GAGGCCUCACAAACUUAAAUUCAUACCAGAAACAGAAAGGGACAUUUCAAUUUCAAGCUUCAAGGAGCAAAACUAACAAGGGAAAGAAUGGAAAACCAGGGGCUAAAGUUUCACCACUUUAGCCAUGAACAUCCGUUGGAGCAUACCAAUUCACCUCCCAAACAGAACAAGACUUGUGCUGGUUGCAAUCUCAUGAUACUGCCUGGUAAGGACUACUACAGCUGCCCAACAUGCUCAUUUUUCCUGCACCAAGUGUGCUACAACAUGCCCCCAAAAACGCGUCACCCGGCUCAUCCAAGCCACUACCUGAACCUCCAUCCUUCUCCACCUUCAAGCACCAAAGGGCCCCUGAAUUGUCAGGCUUGCGGAAAUCAUGUCACCGGAUUUUACUAUGAUUGCUCCGAUUGCGGCCUUUACUUCCAUGGCUUGUGCUCAGGCCUGCCCAUUUGCAUUGCUAUUCCAUCCCACCCUCAUGCAUUGAAAUUGUCAUUUUCACCCCCAUUCGAUUUAUGUUGUGAUCUCUGCAAUGAGCCAGGUUAUGAUGGGUGGCUGUAUAGAUGUCUCAUUUGUGAGUUUGAUACUCAUAUUUCUUGUGCCAUUUCUAACCAGACAGGUCUUCAAACUCCCCAAAAUGGAACUCCACUGCUGUCCACCAGCACGUUUUCGAGGCAGACUAAGCAUUCUGCAGCAUCUUCUUUUGGGAUCAGUGUAGCAGAAAAUUACAAUAUUGAAGGCAAUGAACUGUUGCAGUUGGUAAGGCAGAAAGUUUCCAAGGGCAACUUUAAAAGUAUUGGCUGGGAUGAGAGAUUAUAUUCUCCUAAACAAAAUUUCAAUGUUAGAGUUAGCAAAUUUGGACAUGGUGGACCAGAUCAAACAGAUGCAGGCAUGGCCAUCACUUCUUCGAAUCCAAAAGAUCCAGCAACUCCUAUUUCUGAAGACAUGACUUUGACUCCAAGUUAUCAAUUCAGCGAAGCAUGUUUUUCAAUAGAUUUGGCCAAGUCUUAUUCAUCUUAUGGUCAGAAUAUUCAAGCAAAGAAGGAAAGUGAUGAACAAGGUCCAAAGGGUACUUCUGAUGUUCGAGGAACAUUUAGCUACAGCGAUAGUACUACUGUCCCCAACAAGAUUUCGAGCAAUUCGAAACCAGCAAAACAACCCAGUUUUGUUAGUGGACCUGGUACUAAUUAUUCCAAUAAAACUGGACCAGAAAGUAGGCUGAAUGAAGCAUUGUUGAUUGAAGGUGACACUCUUAAAAGAAAGGAAUUUGGCCCAAAGGAGAAGAGAAAAGCUGGUGAAACAAUGGUGAGAUCGACGGUCGGAAAUCAGAGUACUAAAUCAGAGACAGAAAUUUCCAGCCCUUCAUGUUGGCAGAGUCUCUUUGGUUGCUGCAAUCCAGGGUAUGAAAGAAGCACCAACUUAAGUUUUUAGAAAGCCAGAAGCAUAAGAAAACUU